CAACAUUUUAGCACCACAUGUUCCGUGUUUCCAAAUAAUUGGCCAGUGGUAGAGAAAAUGUGUUGAAGGAUUUGAGGAAAACAUCAUUCAUACGCCGCCGUUACACAGAAGUCGUGAUAGGUUUCUGCGCAUACUAAGGGGGCAAAUGCAAAAGUUAACAAAAGUGUGACAAGUUUUAUUGACUUUGGCGGAUAUUUGAUAAAUUGACUCAGCAACGCCCUCGAUUGGGUAAAGUGUUGUGGCCUUGAAUGGCGUGUUGUGUUUGAGAAAUCAAAGGUGGAAAUCAUAUAGAAAAGCUGCAAACGAAAACAAUGCGGUGGAUAUUGUGAUGAUAUUUAUUGUGAGUCUAUGUACAAAACUAUUGAAUAUGUGCUUUUUGUGCUGUCGUAACUUGGAAACGGACUAACACUGUUACAGUGACUGUUAAUGUAUUUAUAUGAAACAACGUUGUCGAUUUCUGAUGUAAUAUGUCUGUAAUAUAUAUGUUCUUGGAAUAAGUAAACAAAACAGGAAAGUUAAACGUAUAAACAAAAGACGCACAGUGUUUAUAUAUAGUUUGGAUAUUUUAUAUAAAGAGAAAGAAGAUAAAUACUUAAAUACGACACACCAAUCAGCGGAACAAAACGUAGAUCGUACGCGACGAUGGCGUCAAGUCAGAUAUUUUACAGACCACAUAGUUGCACAGACACAAAGGCGUUUACGUAUGACCAUCGACCGCGGUGUCUGAAAUGCGGCGACCGCUGUCCGGGUCUCGACAUGCACUAUUGGAGGAAGAUCUGCAAGCACUGUCGCUGCGGUCCGGAGGACCACGAUCUCACCGACGACGACGAUCGACAACCGCCCAGGAAGCCGACGGACGCGCACGAUCUGUCGUCAAGGUUACACAAGCUGAAUAUAGACGACCCAGCGGUGCAGUCUGAAAUAGUUACUCCUGAGAAUGAUCUCGUUAUACACAGAAUCAUCGCCGAAAAUUUGCGAUCGCAGCAGUACGUGGCGAUGCUGCCAAAAGACAAGCAGCUGUUUGCGGCGCAACUUCGCAGACGACAGCUGCAGCGUCAACUUCCGCUUCACGACCUCCAUGGGAAGUUCUGCGACAGUUUGACGGAGAAGGAGGCGUUGAAGUUCCAGAAGUUCGCGGAAAAACGACGCAACAGAGCGGCUGGGAUCGGCAACGUUGGACCCGUGCCUGACCGGGGCCUUACUAGAUGCAAACGAUGCGAACUGACAAUCGACCCGAAGGCCUUCGCGAUGAUAACUAACCGACUGGGUCCCGGCACGUGCUUCCAUACAGGUUGCUUCACGUGCGCCACGUGCAAGGAGCUGCUCGUUGACAACAUCUACUUCUGCCGCGUGGGCGACAUCUACUGCGGUCGCCACUACGCGGAGCUCGUGUACCCGCGGUGUUCUGCAUGCGACGAGAUCAUUUUCUCUCGCGAGUACACACAGGCGGAAGGCCAAUCGUGGCACGUGCAGCACUUCUGCUGUUGGUACUGUGAUACACCCCUGGCGGGACUUCGCUAUAUCGCCCAGCAGAACAAUCCUUACUGCAUCCAGUGCUUUGAUCGACUAUAUAGCAAGGUGUGCACGACGUGCGGCCGAAUCAUCACGGCCGACUCUCCGGGCCUCUCGCACGGCGAAUACCACUGGCACGCCUGUCCACAUUGCUUCUGCUGCCACUGUUGCUACGGGAACCUGAUCAACCAACAAUUCCUGCUAAAGGACGGUCGCCUGUUUUGCUCCACCAAGUGCCGUCACGUGUACGACACCUCGCCGAAAAACGCCUUUCCUAGGCCUAACCCACACGCACACUAGCGUGUACAUCUAGCGAGGUUAUUGAAGUGCGAGUGAGCCUCUCUCCGGGAAAACGUUGCUUAAUUAUGGUGCAUAAAGUGUUGUCCCAGAUUUGCCUGUGACGACCAAAUGGGUAUAUCUGGGACGACACUAUUUGCCUAGACUUUCUUUAAGUAGAGCCUUGCUUAAAAGAAAAAAUUCCAUGAAAGCGGAAAUUCCAUGAAGCGAUAAGUGUCUUUCCUGAUAAGCGUGUGCGCACUGCUCAUGUUAAUCUGAGACGACACUUUACCUACGAGCAUUAAUCCCCGAUUUCCUAGAGCAAGGCUUUAUAACAUUUCAAAUCAAAUGCCGCCACUUCUUCGACAAGGCGAAAAGGAAUGCAUUUCCUAUACCUAAACCGAACGUUGUCUAGCGCAACACUGACAUCGAGCGACUAGAUGGAAAACAAACACCCCGCCAUAAAUCGGGCUUUCACAACUAUAUCGUGUACAUCUCGCAACUAGUUUAAAACAUAAAUGUAAAUUUUUUAUCAAAUCCGUCGAGACAUCGCCAAACGCUAAUGUAUGCUUACCCUAAUCCUUAUUGGCACGUACACUAGCACGGACAUCAUGCGACUAGAAGGAAGUAAAUUAAAUCGUCGAAGAACGCCUUCCCAAGACCAAAACCAUACGAGUCGGAACGAACAUUAGAACACCGCGGACCUCGAACGACUAGCAUGGAAUGGGACGGAAUUCAAAUGCAGUAAUGUCUACUACACAUCGCCGAAAAAAGCAUCCGUUCCCUUUUUCCCCAGCAACUGAUUAUUAAUUGUCGAAUAAUGAGUCCAUCGUGGAACUGAUGUAUUAGUUUAACAGUUCAAUAUUAUUUACCAUACAUGUAGUUUCAUGUUCAGCCCUCGAUGUUAAUGAUUUUUUCUUAUACUUUAUUGUGCGUGCAUAAGAUUCGUGCUAAUGUCUUUAUCAAUAACGCAUAAGAAUUGUGUUUGUACUUUUCCAUAUGACUGCAUUGAUAAAAGGAAAUUUCGUCAACUGAGUACUAUUUGUACUCCUAAUUCAUAUUGUUUCACGUUGCUAUACUAUUUAGUUAGGCGGCUGUGCGGCUAGCGCAGUGGUUGGCACAUUCACACCUAGGCGACCCGAGUUCAAUUCACGUUCCCGGCAGUGGUUAGUGGUCGCCAUACCGGACAUGUGGGAUUUCCUCCGGGUGCUCCUGCUUUCCCAAACAACACAAGACACCACAAUUGAAAAAUCUUUCAGUAACAACGACAUUGCUCAAAUUGCAGCUAUUAUUGAAAAUUUGCCCCGACAUUUGUGAGUCAAUUAAGUUGGAGUGCUGGAGCACUCUCCCGAGUCCAAACAUAGUUUAGCCUCUGGCUCCUUAACCAAUUUAUGCCUAGCGUCUAGAAAAAAAGCCUUGGCAAACAGCGUGAUGCGGCGUCUCAUCAGGGUCUGCGCUGUUUGCUUAAAGGAAUUUCUGUAAGAAAUAUUCUAAAUAUAGAAAUAAAUAUGCUAGACAUCACUAAUUUUU